AUGACAGAGUCCCACCAGCUGGAUGCUGACAAAUAUGAGAAUGAUCCAGAAUUAGAAAAGAUCCGAAAAGAGAGAAACUACUCCUGGAUGGACAUAAUAACCAUAUGCAAAGAUAAACUGCCAAAUUACGAAGAAAAGAUUAAAAUGUUUUACGAGGAGCAUUUGCACUUGGACGAAGAGAUCCGCUACAUCUUGGACGGCAGUGGGUACUUCGACGUGAGGGAUGCAGAGGACAGAUGGGUCCGGAUUUCCAUGGAGAAGGGGGACAUGAUCACGCUCCCUGCGGGCAUCUACCACCGCUUCACGCUGGAUGAACAGAACUACGUGAAGGCCAUGCGGCUGUUUGUGGGAGACCCAGUGUGGACAGCAUACAACCGGCCAGCUGACCACUUCGAGGCUCGAGGGCAGUACGUGGAGUUUUUGGCGCAGACAGCAGCAUAGCGGGGUUCCCUGGGACCCACACCCGCCUUCAUCCCUGUGAGGGUCCUGAGAUGACAGCAGAAAAUCUGUCGUGUUCUUGCUUUUAUGUUGUAGACCUUAGGGUGGGUGAGCUUUCCUUUGCGAGAUUAUUUGAUCAGAAUGUUUUAAUGAAAGGAGCUAUAACACUGAUUUUUGCAUGGAAGUAACUGUGGAAAUGUGGACACGUCCUUUUUCUCUAAUUCAAGGUCAGUAUUCCGUAGCCCUGUCUUAGCACAUGCAUCCCACUGGAACCAGAUGACUUUCACCUCCCCAGGGGUAACUGCACAGCCGCCCCAUCCAGACCCGAUUCUGCGGCUUUAAGCAGGUUUUGGUCAAGGCCACGCCUGGCUUUCAGGUGUAAGAGUAGAUGACAGGGCUGGCUGGGUGCCACACACUCUUCUCCCAAAACAUGCGGAGUGGAGAGGAAGGGGUGAGCUUACAUUGGGGGGCAAUCCCGUUGCUUAUACCACUUUCUUAACAUAAACUAGCUGCCUUAAUUUUAGCUCAUGGCUUGGAGUUACCUUACAUUCAGGUACACCUGGCUCAUUAAAAUCACCCCAUUUACAUUC